GUUUAUAUCACUAAUUUCUUUAUAGAGUGUCAAAAAAAAAUAUAUAAAAAUUAUCUGAAUAAAAUCCUAAUAAAUAAUUUUAAUAAAACAUUCGACGUAAAGUUUAAAACACCUUAAAAAAUUUGUAAACUCAAUUGGAAUUUGUUAUUCAAACUGAUCCCGUAGUAGUAAUCCAAAAUGGACGAAAAUAAAGUUGUAGCUGAUCGUUUUAUUGAAAUCGCAAUAACCGCUCUCAUCGAGAGAAAUUUUGAAAAAGCUGUAGAAUUUUUACAUAAAGCCGAAAAACUAUUUCCCUCCCUCCUCUUUACAAUUACUCAGAUCCUAACCAAUUCCAAUAAAAAUUCUACAACUGAUAAUGACUCUCAACCAACACAAUAUUCAAAUGAACAAUUAGAAGCAGUGAAUAAAAUCCAAAAAUGUCAAAACUAUUAUCAAGUCUUAGAUGUACCUAAAGAAUCAAAUGAGUUGGAAAUCAGAAAAGCUUACAAAAAACUUGCACUACAACUACAUCCAGAUAAAAAUAAUGCACCCGGAGCUACUGAAGCGUUUAAGGUUUUAGGAAAUGCAACAGAUGUUUUGACAGAUUUUGAAAAACGCAAAACUUACGAUUUGCAUGGUAUCAAUAAACCUUUGAAUCAAAAAAUUUAUAAAAAUGAUUUUCAAUGUUUAACAAAUGAAGAAUGGCUUAUGUGUAUUAUAUGCUUAUUAUUAUUAUCUCAUAUUUAAAAAUUUAUAUAUCUUUAA